AUGAAGAUAAAAUGGAGGAUGCAGAUAACAUUAUUUUUCAAACCGUUCAAGAUCUUGGAAUUGAAGUACAGGAGAAGAGUGUUGGUGACCUUAAAACUGAAAGUAUAAUAAGAAUAGUUUCUGGAAUGAUUAAUAAAAUAGAUUCAGAGAUUUCUCUCCCAACCAGGUUUCCCUCAGGAAUGAGCGCUAAGUUCAAAGCUGGAAAAAAGAUGGCGGAUGUUUGUACAAAUCUUGGUUUCACAGGAGAGAUUGGAUACCAAACAUUUUUGUAUCCAACAGAGCGGGAUAUACGGUCCCUACUCAUAUUCCUAAUGGAUAAAUUACCAAGGGAGGUGGAGGAGGAGGAGGAAGAAGAUAUUUCUCCUUAUCUUACACUCCGUAGAGACGCUGGGAGAGUUCUCAGAAAUCAGGUUGCAGACAGAGCAAAUCAAUCCGUUCGUGAUUCAUUGAUUGAAAGAAUACCAAACCCGUCCGAAUGUGAUUCUUUCUGCUCCUGCUCAGAUUGUUUUCCAGACUUUACAUUAGAGAGUGCCCUGAGACUGCUACCUAGAGAAACUAGAAACUCAGCCCUGGAUCUUCUAAACAGGAGAAAAAUGUUCAGUUCUGCAGUUCACAAACUAGGGGAAUUAAAACUUGGACAAGAUCUUUCUCUAAAUACUGAAGAGAAGGGAGAACCCGGAAAAGAAGGGGAACCUGGAAAAGAAGGGGAACCUGGAAAAGAAGGGGAACCUGGAAAAGAAGGGGAACCUGGAAAAGAAGGGGAACCUGGAAAAGGGGAACCUGGAAAAGAAGGGGAACCUGUAAAAUGGGAACCCGGAGAAAUAUUGAAUUUUGGGGAAUCUAUAGUGUUGGAGAAAAUCCUGGUUCGAGAUACAGAUACGGAUAUAGGUAUUCGUCCGGGCCCUGGUUCUAGACAGUACCAGGAGAAGUUUGAAACCUUUAAUCCAGAAUCAGAGAUUGGAAACGAAGAAAAUGCAGAAAGAUUAAAAAGAGCUGAGAGAAUGGAACAGUUAAGAGAAGAACUGAAGAACCUGGACCAGGAUACAGAGAGGAAAAGAUCAGGAUACAAAAACCUUAGACGGGAUAUACAGGAGUAUAGAGCUAAACUAAACCUUCUCCAGACCAAAGAUGAAACUCUUGCACAGGAGACAGAAGAGUCAGAUAAAGAAAGAAUAAAAAUAGAAAACAUCUCAAAGCUGUUACCAGGUAUCAAGAUAUUUAUUUUAAACAAUAUAAAAAAAGAAAGCACUUUUUUGCAUCGAGAUAAUUAA